UUAGAUUUCAAUUUCAGCAAAGCCAUGGCUACAUUAUCAUCAAUCUCCUCUUCUGCUUUACUACCUCUUCUCUUGGUUCUGAUUCUUGUGUCGUCAUCAUGUUUCAUCUUUGCUACUUCAUUCUCAUUCUCAGACCAUAAACCUAGCACGAAUCCAGCUGGGUUUUCGGCGCGUUUAAUUCACCGAGAUUCACCGGAGUCGCCAUUCUAUGACCCUAAACUUACAGACGCUGAAAGAAUGAGGACCGCAGAAGAGCGAUCUAUCGAACGAUAUAACCACUUGACAAGACGUCCAAAUGGUGUGCGAGCUCCAAUUGCUUACCGAUUACUCGAGUACACCGUAGAUUUUGGUGUAGGUACACCUCUAGUCGACACCCACGCCGCCAUGGACACGGCUAGUGAUAUAACGUGGAUCCAGUGCAGACCCUGCGACAACUGCUACUCCCAGGAAAGAGGAGUACCCAUAUUCGAUCCCCGAAAAUCGUCUACCUACGUAAAAAUUGAAUGCAUGGAUCCAUUAUGCCUGGGAGACAAUGACGUGACGUGCGACAGAGACGGUAAGUUUUGCCGUUACCAGCGGUCGUAUUAUGACGGUGCGCAGUCACAGGGUGUUUUCUCAAAUGAAGCAUUCUGGUUUGUAGAUACUAGUCAUCGUACUGGGAGGAUCGGGGUAGGAUUAGCAUUUGGUUGUGGACACAAUAACACAGACGUAGCAGGUCGUACUACUGCAACACCAGGUAUUUUUGGUUUAAAUAGAGAACCUGCAUCUUUCAUCACACAACUAGAUGUCAAACUCUUUUCCCAUUGCUUUGUACCAAAGGCUCGGAAACAAACAAGUCUAUUACGCUUCGGAAAAGAUGCGAUUAUCACCGGUGAAACCACUCCGAUAGUGGAGUCUGGCACUGGCGGUAUAACUGAUGCGCGUUAUUAUGUGAGUUUGGAAGGAAUCAGUGUCAACAAUACCAAGCUUAAUAUCCCACAAGGAACCUUCAAACUUUCAGCAGCGGGCGUCGGAGGAGUGAUGAUUGAUACGGGCUCGUCGAACACACAUCUUCGUAGAGAGGCAUAUGAGCUACUGCUCGAAGAAUUGGUGAAGCAGAUUAAACUGAAAAGAGAGUUUGUCUCAAAUUUUGAUUUGUGUUACCUGACUUAUGGGCUGAGAGACUUGAUAUAUAUUCCUGACAUCACUUUGCAUUUUAGUGGUUUGGAUUAUAUGGUACAAGGUUGGACUACUUGGACGCGUGUUGCUAUUGAUAAUAACAUUGUAUGCUUCAUGCUCAAAAGAGCAGUAGAUGAGCUGACAACCAUAGGUGCUCAUCAGCUACAAGAUGUUAAUGUCGGGUAUGAUUUGCCAAGGAAACUCAUUUCUCUCCAGAACACGGAUUGCCGCAAAGUUAGUUAGUUUUUACAGUCAAAUGUGUCUACUAGUUUCAAUUAUAUGGAAUGGAAUGGAAUAAAAUGCACUUGUUUACCCGAAAACAUUGAG